CUAGCUACUUGCUCAUAUACUUGUGCAGGUUCCACCCCAUUUUUGAAAUGCCCGGAUCCCACUUGUUAGAGGCUAUGAUCCGAUCGACUCACGAAUUUUGAAAAUGCGAUGAUAAUUAUACUCAUGUUUUUCAGGCAUUGGGAGCAGCUCCUCACCGCCCCAGCCGCGAAGGAGAGUUACCAGCUGCUGAGAUCUUAAAACUGUUUUGAUAUCUGACAGGCUUAAGAGAGAAGAAAGGUGCCUGCCAAAUGUUUCGUGAAGCUUUGGAGUGAUUCUUAUCUUGCAUCGAAUGCCACCGCCACAAGCUCACACAACCACAAAAGAAGUCGUCUUGGCAUAUUGCAACUCCAUUUAUUUUCGUUUCUUGUUUCUGUUUCGAUUCUCAUCCUUUAUGGAUAAAAAAUCAUCAUACCAUUAGGUAUUCUCUUUCCAUGAUCUGCUUCAGCCAUUGCAAGAGGACCGGCCAAGCGAGCCCGUCACGGAGGUGAGCCGGGCAGCCAUGCGCGGCAUCAGGGAGAGCCUCAGCUCGGUGCAGGGCAGACUGCUGCGCCUGGAGGUGGUCGUACUCCUGAGCGCGCUCAUCCUCGCCGCCCUGGUGCUCUAUGGCUCCGCCAACCGCCGGAGCAGCGACAAGCUGCUCCGCGGCGUCAUGUGGAUGGCCUACUCGCUCUCCUACGUGGUGGUCUCCUACGCCGUGGGGAUCAUCCAGGACGGGCCCUUCCGCGGCGAGACGUUCGUGCUCUGGGCGGCCGCGCUGCUCCUCAUCCAGGCGAGCGCGUACGCGGCGCCCGUGCACAGCCGUCGCGACGUCGACCAGCGCAAGAAGCUGCUGCUGCAGCACGUCCUCCAGACGGGCCUCGUGCUCUGGCUCAUCGUCGACGCCACCGGCCGCAACACCAGCUACCGGGCGGCCAUCUGGGCGUUCUGGGCGCUCAACGUGCUCAAGACGGCCGCCAAGAUCGCCGAGAUGAUCCAGACCAGCCGCCCCGACCUAUCCGUCAAGGUGGUCGCCGAGUACAUGGACGUCGGGGAGGCUCUCGCCUCCGACCAGCGGCCUGACCCCGUCAGCAUGAAAGGGUACAGGUACAUCUUCCACGGCGAGGAGACCGUGCUGCCGGUCAGCCACGAUGGCGCCCGACCCUCCCGGGACGACAUGCUCGCUCAGAGAGCCAGCAAGUCGGUCGUCACGAUCGACCAAGUUUACAAGUGGAUCGAUCAACAGCCGUACAGCGAGGUUGAGAAGGACAGAGCGAGGGACUUCUGCCUCGCCUUCGCGCUGUUCAAGCUGCUGAAGCGGCGGUUCUACGGGUACGUGCCGGCGGAGGCCGGCUCGGAGAAGGCGCGCGACCUCGUCUUAACCGGGCUCAUCCACACGGGCGCCACUGGCCCCGACGCCGCCUUCCGGGUCGUCGAGGCGGAGCUCGCCUUCCUCUACGACUUCUUCUACACCAGGAACGUCGUGCUGGUGGGAGCCAGGACCUACAUCUGCAUAGCCGUCGCCGUGGCAGGCCUGACCAUGUGGACGGCGUUCUUUGGCACGCUUGGCCCCGGCUACCAUCGCCUCCUGAUCGGCGUGCGCAACCUCGACCGGUCCGUCACGGUGCUGAUCGUCGUGAUCACCGCGGGGCUCGAGGUGUUCCAGGCGGUGGCCGGCUUCUCCUCCAACUGGAGGUACAUUAAGACCCUGUACCGCUGCGUGCGCGACGACCGGCCAUGGUCUAGGCGGUGGCGGGGCCACCACCUCUGGUGGAAGGAGAGCAUCAAGCCGCCGGAGACCAAGUACUGGGAGGAGAAGGUCGGCCAGUACGUGCUCCUGAAGCGGUUCCACCACCAGCCGUGGAACCUGCUCUCGUGGCUGACGCUCUACCUGGUGGAGCCGCGGCGACAAGGCCAGAAGCGAGGCCGGAGGAAGCCGCUGCCGCCCGAGGUGAAGCGCGCCGUCCUCCUCUCGCUCAAGCUUAGUCAUUGCCAACUUACCAAUGGUGUCGCCACCCUGCGAAAGCACGGCCUGCUGCCACGACUGGAGUGGGCGUGCAGGUUUCCGAAGCUCACCGACCAGAUCCUGGUGUGGCACAUCGUGACCACUCGCUGCCACUGGGCUAGCGGCCGUCCUGGCCGCGCUGACGCUCUUGGCGAGCACCGGCUCAUCGCGACGAAGCUGUCAAACUACUGCGCCUACCUGGUGGCGUUCGUGCCGGAGAUGCUGCCGGACUCGAGCUACAACGCCGAGCAGAUCUUCGACACGGCGGUGCAGCAGGCGCGGGACCAUCUGGGCGGCUGCAGGACGGCGAGCAGCAUACUCGCCAGGCUACAGGAGAUGGAGCGGGCGUGUCUGGAGGACCUGGAAAGCGGCGGCGUGUACGAGCGAGCGGGCACCACCACCGUCAUCGAGCGCGCGGCGCUGCUCGGGGGGCAGCUCAGGGCUGCGGUGGGCGCCGACGCCCGGCGGUGGCAAGUUCUGGCCGAGUUCUGGACGGAGCUUGUGCUGUUCCUCGCGCCGUCGGACAACGUGGACAUCCACGGCGAGAUGCUCGGCGCCGGGGGCGAGUUCAUGACGCAGCUGUGGGCGCUGCUGGCUCACGCCGGCGUCCUGGAGCGACCGCCCGGUCACGCGUCGGCAACGACGGGGUGAAUACGGUUUGUUUCAGCUGUGAAAACUGAUUCUGUAUUGUGAAUUUUAAAUAGCUGAUUGUAAGAUUAGUUUUUGAUAUGAAUGAAGUAUAUAAUAUAUAUAAUACCCUGUUUUA